AGUUGGCAACACUGAUAACGUCAAAGUGAUCUAAUGAGGUUAGGAGCCGUGUUUAUUUAUUAUUGUGAUUCCAGUCGAGUAGACAAUACGGGACUACGGGUGUUUAUUUAAGAUUGAAUUUGAAUAAUAGAAAGUGAAAUAAAUAAGUGAAAAUGUCUGUAACAUUACAUACUGAUGUAGGAGAUAUUAAAAUAGAACUAUAUUGCGAGCAAUGUCCAAAAGCUUGUGAGAAUUUCUUAGCUCUGUGUGCUAGUGAUUAUUACAACGGCAGUCUGUUUCAUAGGAAUAUUAAGGGUUUCAUAGUACAAACGGGAGAUCCUACAGGUACAGGAAAAGGUGGAACUUCUAUCUGGGGGCGUAAAUUUGAAGAUGAAUUUAAAGAAGAGUUAAAGCACAAUGCAAGAGGAAUGGUGAGCAUGGCAAACAAUGGACCUAACUCCAAUGGCAGUCAAUUUUUCUUCACCUAUGGAGAACAACCUCAUUUAGACCUAAAAUACACUUUAUUUGGCAGGAUUAUAGAUGGAUUUGAAGCACUGGAUGAUCUAGAAAAAAUGACUGUCAACCCAAAGACCUACAGACCACUCACAGAUGCCAAGAUCACUUCAGUUACGAUACAUGCAAACCCAUUAGCUGGAUAAUAAUAAAAUAUAUAAAAAAGC